AUUGCUCUAUGUAUAAUACCAAUGAAUAAGCUAAUGACAAAAGAUAGUCAAAAACAUAAAAUCACUUUACUUACAAUGAAUAUUAUAUUGAAAUUUUUAGCAGCCGGUUCGUAUGCAAUCAUUUAUAUUUAUUCAAAUGAAUUAUUUCCUACUGGUGUAAGAAAUAGUGGCAUGGGCAUUUGCAGUAUGAUAGCCCGUGUGGGAGCUAUAUUAGGAACAACAUGCAACGAUUUAUUGGCGCGUGUCUGGUCUGACUUUCCUAUUGUUGUUUAUGGUAUUGUUUCACUAGUGGCUGCUUUUUUGGCUUUUUCAUUGCCGGAAACACUCAAUAAACCGUUACCACAAACAGUUGAAGACG